GGAAGUGGCUUUGCGGCCGCUUCCUGCCCGGUGUGGUGGGUGAGGCGGUGCGGCCGGUCGGGUGUUGCGGUCCGCGGUGAGCGCGGUUCCAUCGGCACCAUGGUGAAGCCACGGUACAAGGGGCGCAGUACCAUUAACCCCUCCCGAGCCAGCACCAACCCCGAUCGCGUCGGGGGUGCGGGAGGAACCAACAUGAGGGACCGGGCCACCAUCCGCCGCCUCAACAUGUACCGGCAGAAGGAGCGGAGAAACAAAUACGGUAAAGUGAUCAGGCCUCUACAGUAUCAGUCAACAGUGGCACCAGGCACCGUUGCAAGAGUGGAACCAAAUAUUAAAUGGUUUGGAAAUACUCGUGUGAUCAAGCAGUCAUCCUUACAAAAGUUUCAAGAAGAAAUGGAAAAUGUCAUGAAAGAUCCUUACAAAGUGGUCAUGAAGCAAAAAAAGCUGCCGAUGUCUCUUUUCUAUGAUCGCAUUAAACCACAUACUUCCAGAGUUCACAUUCUUGACACAGAAACAUUUGAAACAACAUUUGGCCCCAAGGCACAAAGGAAAAGACCAAAUCUUUCUGCUAGUGAUGUGCAGUCUCUGGUGGAAAAUGCUGAAGCCUCAUCAGGAGCUUAUGAUCAGGGCAAGGACCGAGACCUGGUGACAGAAGACACUGGUGUAAGGGAUGAAGCACAAGAGGAUAUAUAUAAGAAAGGACAAUCCAAAAGAAUCUGGGGUGAGCUCUACAAGGUUAUAGAUUCAUCAGAUGUUGUUGUUCAAGUUCUUGAUGCCAGGGAUCCCAUGGGUACUCGCUCCCCUCACGUGGAAUCUUAUCUUAAAAAGGAGAAACACUGGAAACAUCUCAUUUUUGUCCUGAACAAAUGUGAUCUUGUUCCUACCUGGGCUACUAAGCGCUGGGUGGCUGUCCUGUCCCAGGAGUAUCCAACACUGGCUUUUCAUGCCAGCCUCACAAACCCUUUUGGCAAAGGUGCUUUCAUACAGCUUCUAAGGCAGUUUGGAAAGUUACACUCUGACAAGAAGCAGAUCAGUGUGGGGUUCAUUGGUUACCCAAACGUUGGCAAAAGCUCAGUGAUCAAUACGUUACGGUCUAAGAAGGUCUGCAAUGUGGCCCCUAUUGCAGGGGAAACUAAGGUGUGGCAAUACAUCACCUUGAUGCGGCGGAUUUUCCUCAUUGACUGCCCAGGCGUGGUUUAUCCAUCUGGAGACACAGAAACAGACAUUGUGCUGAAGGGAGUGGUUCAAGUCGAAAAGAUUAAGAGCCCUGAGGAUCACAUUAGUGCUGUGCUGGAAAGAGCCAAACCAGAGUACAUCAGAAAGACGUACAAAAUUGAUUCCUGGAAUGAUACAGAAGACUUCCUUGAGAAGCUUGCUUCUAGGACUGGAAAACUGCUAAAGGGUGGUGAGCCUGACCUGCAGACUGUGAGCAAGAUGGUUCUUAAUGACUGGCAGAGGGGCAGAAUUCCAUUCUUUGUGAAACCACCAAAUGCAGAAACAGGUCCCCAGCCUCCUGCAUUGCCAGCAGCUGUGAUAUCAAGCCAAGAUAAUAAUGAGGAGAAAAUCUCUGAGUCCCUAGAAUCAAGUGUGGAGGCAGCAGAAGAGAAGAAUAAUACAGACACUGAAAUCAAGCAGCUCAUGUCCCACGUUCGGCAGAACUUUGGGAGGAUUAAUGUGGCACCUCAGUUCUCAGAAGAAGACCUGGUUCCUGUAGAUGUGCCAGGCUUUGAAACAGACAAUGAUUCUUCUGGAGAGGAGGAGCAGGAAGAGGAGAAAGAGGAAAAUGAGCAACAUCAAGACUUAGUAGAGGAGGAAUCGCAGGUGGCUGUACCAGGUGCCAAGGAUAGCUCUAAAGCAGUUCUUAAGGCUUUGGAUGAGAAGAUUGCAAAAUACAAAAGAUUUCUGGAUAAAGCCAAAGCCAAGAGAUUCUCAGCAAUCAGAAUCCCAAAGCAGCUGACUGAAAAAGUGUUUGCAAAGUCCAUGCAGAAGCCUGAAGAACCCAAAGAAACUGAAGAUAGAGGCACCACAGAGAAGACAAGAAAAAGGAAAGCAGAAGAGGAAGAUGAUGAUGAUUUGGGUAAACAGCCAUGCAAGAAACUUACAUCCAAAGAAAGAAGACGAGCUGAGAGGCAGCAGCGCUCCAAGAAAGUCGGAGUCCGGUAUUAUGAAACUCACAACGUGAAAAAUAAGAAUAAGAACAAGAAAAAAACUGGCUUGGAGGGACAGAGAUCAAAGCCCCAAAAACCCAAACAUAAGCAAUAAUUGCUUAUUCUAUUAAAUUUUACAUAAAACA